AUGUUCUCAUGGCUGGCUGCGGGCAAUGCAACAACUAAAGCGGCGAAUUGCUCCGACUGUGCCCUUGGGUCAAUGCAAACACAACUAAACUCGCCGUUCGGAUUCGAUGCAGAGUUUGCUCAGGAUUUCCAGGCACUGAAAUCCAGUUGUGGUUCGUCUGGAUACUCUUUCACAACACCAGCGGCGUACGCAGUCGGUACGAACCUCCCCAAUCGAGCCGAAGAUGCCAACACUCCCUCCUGCUCGAAUCCAUACGUUGUCAACUCAGGAGACAGCUGCGAUGCUAUUGCACUGGCUCGCCAGGUAUCGACAUUUUCAAUCAUUAAGGCCGGUGGCUUGAAGACCGAUUGUAGCGACUUACUCCCGGGCGUCUCGCUUUGUUUGCCAGCUCCCUGCACCUUGUAUCGAGUGCAGUACGGCGAUGACUGCAAAAGCAUUAUCAGCGCUCACAGUGGCGUCACUGGUUAUGGCUUCCUGUCUUGGAAUCCUAACAUUACUCCGCUUUGCACCAACCUGGGGGACAUGAUGACCAACCUUAUUUGUGUUAGCCCUCCAGGCGGAAGCACCAGCGACAUUACGAUCACCGUCACUCCACCAACGACUUCAACAAUUGAAUCGACUGCUGUGCCCAAGCCGACGAAUGGCAAAGGUGACACAACCGCACCGUGUGCGAGCUGGUAUACCGUCCAGGAUGGAGAUUACUGGGACAUCAACAAAUACCCGAACUAUCCAUAUUCGAGUUCUGCCGUCUACACCCUCACCAGCAGUGCCUACGUCACCACCUCGUCCGUCUCGACGUCAACCGUGCCGAGCGCGACGCCCUAUGUCCGUCCGCCGCAUGCGCCGGGCACGAAGGCAGAUUGUGAGGGCUACGUCGACUACAUCCCGGUCACGCCAUUCCAAGACCAGUCCCAGUCGGAGAAUGUGCGCCUUGUGACAGAGCAGAUAAAUAGCUGCGAGUUCGCCUCGUCUGGUUAUCCGGUCUCUUAUGAUGACUUCCUGAAAUGGAACCCCAGUCUGGCGUCCAUCAAGCCAUGCUAUCUGCAAGCGAACUACAGCUACUGCGCUGUGGACAAGAUCUCCUCUUAUACCGGGGUUCCGAGCUAUGGUAUAUGUCGUUCCGUAGGCGACCCAUACCCGGGUACAAUUUCUACCUGCGAAUGUUUCACUCUCAUCACAGGGUCCGCUACAAAGAGCCCAAGUUGCGCAAAGAUCGCCUCCGACGCCGGGAUCGCUUUGUCCAAUCUAACGCUUUGGAACCCCUGGGUUGGAUCAAGCUGCGAUGUUGGCUUGUACAAAGAUCUUGCGCUGAAACAGCAGCGGGCCGUCUGCAUUGGAGUGAACUCAACGAACGUAUCGCCCACGCCCACGUCUUCUCGAAUCACGUCGUCCACGCAAGUCACAUCAUCCACUCAAACCACCUCUACGCCGGUGGCCCCUCCUGCGCCCACCCAAAGUGGCAUUGUGAAGACUUGCACGAAAUACUACAAAGCGGUAGCGGGCGACGGCUGUUGGGCUAUUGCGAACAGUAAUGGUAUCACACUUGACCAAUUUUACGCUUGGAACCCUGCUGUUAGAGAGCCUUAA